ACAGAGACAAAAUCAGACGCGACAUUUUUCGCAUCGAUAAAUGUAAGGAAGGGAACCAGCUCUCCCAAUUCCAAUAUUAGUGGUGCUGCAAAACAGAGAUUUUUCCAGAGAGAGAGAGUAAACGGCGAAGAUGGGAAGCGAAGGACAGAUUGAGAGAAAACCCAGAUUUCUUUGCCUUCAUGGGUUCAGAACCAGCGGCGAAAUUCUCAAGAAACAGGUCGUCGGAAAGUGGCCGGAAUCGGUGCUUGAAAAGAUCGAUCUAGUUUUUGUUGAUGCCCCUUUUCCGUGCCAAGGCAAAUCUGAUGUUGAAGGAAUCUUUGAUCCUCCCUAUUAUGAAUGGUUCCAAUUCAACAAGGAGUUCACAGAAUACAUCAACUUUGAUGAGUGCCUGGCAUAUAUUGAAGAUUGCAUGAUAAAACAUGGACCAUUUGAUGGUCUUCUUGGUUUUUCUCAGGGUGCCAUUUUAUCGGCUGCAUUACCGGGGUUGCAGGCCAAGGGUGUGGCUCUGGCAAAGGUACCGAGGAUAAAUUUUCUAAUAAUAAUUGGAGGGGCCAAGCUUAAAAAUGCAUCACUGGCUGAGAAGGCCUAUUCUUCUCUGGUUGACUGCCCCUCUGUCCACUUCUUAGGAGAGACGGAUUUCCUAAAGCAAUAUGGGGUUGAACUCUUGGAAUCAUUUGUAGACCCUGUGGUGAUUCAUCAUCCUAAGGGCCACACAAUACCCAGAUUUGAUGAGAAGGGUUUGCAGUUAAUGCUGAGCUUUGUUGAAAGGAUACAAAAGGUAGUUGACCCGAAAGGAGGAGGAGAAAUAUUCUCUGAAAAAGCUCUUUAAAAUGAUUAAAAAGAAGAAUUUCGUUGAAUUUUCACAUCCCUCUAUUAUUUGGCUACAUACAUUUCAAAUAAUGUGGUUUUUUUUUUUUUUAAAAUUAAUGGAUACUUGAUAAUUUUUUAGAAUUCUUGUUGAAGUUGUAUUUUAC